CAAAACUUUGGGGAUGGGUCUGUCGAUGGAAUCAAGAUGGCGACUCUGGCGAAAGCGCCAAUAUAUUUACUAAAGUAGAUGUCCGAAUUUAGCAACCAUACCGUGUUUUCUCAGGCCCCUCGCGGGUUUCAUGAAACAUGAAGACCGGCAGCAUGUUUUGGAUAGGGGAUUGACCGGAAUAGACCGCAACAAGUCAGCGAGAUGUGCGAGAGCUAUGCCCGCUCGCUGCUGCGUGUUUCGGUGGCGCAGAUCUGCCAGGCACUGGGCUGGGAUGCGGUUCAGCUCACUGCCUGCGAUCUGUUGUCCGAUGUCCUGCAUCGAUAUAUCCAGCAGUUGGCCAGGGGCUGCCAUCGUUAUUCCGAGCUUUAUGGACGUACAGAUCCAGUGUUGGAUGAUGUCAGUCAGGCCUUCAGGCUGCUGGGGGUGAGUUUGAGUGAACUGGAGGACUAUGUCCACAACCUGGAGCCUGUGGGCUUUGCCCAUCAGACACCGCUCUUCCCCGUCAGCAAAAACAACGUCCUGCAGUUCCCCCAGCCUGGAGCCCGAGAUGCAGAGGAGAGGAAGGAAUACAUUCCAGAUUACCUGCCACCUCUGGUCUCCUUACAAGAGGAAGAGGAGGAGGAAGAGGUUCCUGCUGCCAUGGGCACCUCAGCUGAAGCUAUGCAAGUGCCACUAGAUGAGGAUGAGGAGGAAGUUGAGGAAGAUGAAGCAGUCAAUGAUGAGAACCACCCACUGAAGCGGCACUUGGACAGUCCUGAUGCAGCUAUGGGCAUGAUGCCCACUUCCAAGAGACCCCGCAUGCAUCCUGGCCUCAGCCCAGAAUGGGGGGUUGAGCCCAGGGAACCCCUCACGUCCCUCAACCCACAGCGUGUUCCUCCAGGCAUGCUGCCUUCUCAUGACAGCCUCGGCUCCCUGUCCCCUGAAACACCCACUGGAACCCCGUCCUCCUUCAGACCGCAGCCAGUUGUACCGAGACACUCUGAUCAUAAGUCCCAUGGAACUCAAGGAAGAAAGCCUAAGGUCUCAUCCCCUGGCAGACCACGGACUAAGUCCCCUAAAGGGGUCAUUGCUGGACCUGUGGGUGGCAGUCCCAUCCGUUCUCCAAAAUCUUCUAAGGAGAGGAAGAAAUCCCCAGGCAGGACCAAGAGUCCAAAAAGCCCCAAGAGCCCAAAGACGGGUUCUGCCAAAGCAUCUCAACCUCAGAGCAAGACAGAUAGUUUGCAUAAGCUUCCUCUGUCGACGCUGAGCGAGAGGAUGGGUAAAGAGAACAUCCACAUGCGUCAGAGUAUGGAGGACCGGGAGAUAGCUGAAGCACACUUCAGGAAACUAGAGCCUGACAACACGGCCAUUGAUGACUCUAUUGAUGCUGUGAUUGCCAGAGCAUGUGCUGAGCGGGAGCCUGACCCUUUUGCUUUCUCGUCAGGCUCUGAAUCAGAGAGCAAUGGGUUCUCCAGCCCUAGAAGACUCACCAUCAUGGAGCAGCCUACGCCUAAAAUCCCGAUUGGAACCAACAGCUCUGUGAAAGACACGUCACUGCUACACAUGAAUGCAGGCCCAGGAAACUGGACUAUGGAUGACUCAAUCAAUGAAGUGAUUCGGAAGGUCAAUCAGGGCGGUCCAUCAGUCCCCUCUCAAAACCAAGGACAGUACAUGUCAUCAGGAUCAGCCUCGCCACCUACUCCUGAACCCCUGCUUAAGGCUUUUGAGGAGAAGAAUAAGACGGUCUCGACAGUAGACAUAAAAAAAAAGUUGAAGAAGGAGCUUAAAACAAAAAUGAAGAAGAAGGAAAAAGACAAGCCAAAAGAUAAAGACCGGGACAAAGAUAAGAGCAAGGGGAAAGAAAAGAAUAAGGAUAAGAACAGGGAUAAGAACAAGGAGUUUUCCAAGGAAGGAAAGAUGCCCUGGAAGGAGUACGGAAGUAAGGAUGAUGAUCACUUCCGUCCGCGAGACUUUCCUGUGCCUGAGGCUUCCAUUAAAAUUAAGAACAGAGAUGGAGAUGGCUCCAGGAAGGAGAAGGAGAAACACAAAGAUAAAAAGAAGGAUAAAGAAAAGAGUAAAAAAGACAAAGAUAAGCGGGACAAGGGUAAAGACAGGAGUAAGGACGACAGGCAGAAACUAUCUGCGUUGACCCCCUUUGGUUUGGGCGAAGUCCAGCCACUGUUCAGCCCCUCCGCUUGCUUACGGAUACCCUCCAUGCUGCCUCCUCUGCCCCCAAUCCUCCCGGAUAAAGAAGUCAAGACUAAGGAGAAGGACAAGAAGAAAGACAAGAAGGAGAAGAAGAAAAAGAAAGAAAAGGAGAAGGAAAAGGAGCGAGAAAAGGCCAAAGAAAAGGAGAGGGAGAAAGAAGAAAAGAGGAAAGAGAAGGAGAGGGAAAAAGAAAAGCGAGAAAAGGAGAAAGAGAAAGAAAAAGAGAGAAUUCGAUUAGAGAAGGUGAAAGUAGAGACCCCAUCAGCUGUGCCAUCUCCAGUCAUCCCCAGACUGACUCUCAGAGUGGGAGCUGGCCAGGACAAAAUUGUUAUCAGCAAGGUGGUCCCAAAUACAGAGCCCAAAACACCAGUGCCCAAGACUCCUGCUUCCAAAUCUACACCUGGAAAUCGCCCUCGGACACCCCCGCCACCUCCACUUCUCUCGCCCAUUGCACCCUCUCUGGCCCCUCCUGCCUCACCUCUUCCCCCUGCUGCCACGCCUUCAUCGAUGCUUUCCCCUACCUCUAUGCUCACCUCAGCCAGCUCCCUCAGAACGCCAGUACGCAGCGUCGUAACUGAGACCGUCAGCACCUAUGUGAUCCGAGAUGAAUGGGGAAACCAGAUCUGGAUCUGUCCCGGAUGCAACAAGCCUGAUGACGGCAGUCCCAUGAUAGGAUGUGAUGACUGUGAUGAUUGGUACCAUUGGCCUUGUGUUGGGAUCCUUACAGCCCCUCCUGAGGACCAGCAGUGGUUCUGUGUUAAAUGUGCCAGCAAAAAGAAGGACAAAAAACACAAGAAAAGAAAACACAAACUGCAUUGAGACUAUGCAAAAAGCACAUAUUUUGGACAUUUUUGGACUUGCAUUAAGCCAUCGUGGAACACUGCGACUGCUGUAAAAGGAAAAAAAAGAAGUUCAACUUGUGGCAAAUAUUCACUUAUAUGAUUUUUUCCUUUGUUUUGAAUGAAAUCAGCCAUGAUAAGAUUGUGACUUCAUUUAAGAAAAAAAAAAAGGAUUUAACCAGCACAGAUCCAACUUGAGUUAUUCUGUGGGCUCCACGGUCCUGUUUCUAUCUGCAAAUGGUUUCCUUGAGACUUCUGUUGAUUUCUUAGUCGAGCCUUCCCAAAUGUGAGGAUAAAAUUAGGCAGCCUGGAAAUCUUGGCUCUGAAAGAUUAGAGCUCAGCCUUGUCACAGGAUAGCAACACAGAGAAGAGAACAACCCACAUCCAUAGUCAUUUCUGCUCCAUUAUUGCCACAGAAUCAGUGACAGACAUCUGUUGACCUGUUCCUGGUUUUCUGCAGUAUCACUGAAAUGUCUUGUAUAUUAAGAUGAUGGCUUUGUCUGUGUAUAAAUGUGUAAAUACCAACUUCCAAGCCAAGUGCAUUUUGUUCUUAGGAUUCUAACUUGUUAAAUCCAUUUUCAAUAUAUUGGUUUUUAACCUGAAUGAUUUUCUGUAAUUUCUGUACAUUUUUUUAAAUUGAAAUUUGUAUUUUUAUUUUUCUUCAUAUGGAUUUGUCCUGGAGUUAUACUGUAGCUGUGCUUGUAAUGUAAUUCAUUUCGUUGAUAUUUCAAUAUUAAAGCUGAACAGUCUGGAUAUUCACAGACUUAAAAACAUAAA